UCGGGGGCUCAUGUGUCAACAUCCAGGGUUUCCCCGGGGAGGCGUAACGUUAACGUUAUCCCAAAAAAAAAAAAAAAAAAGCCCCUGAUGUUCUUCUGAAGACCCUUUUAUUUUUUGGCUAGCCUAUUCUUCCUCGGAGGCGGCGGCGGCUUUUCAAGAAGACGAGAAGACGAUCUUGUGCUCCUGCUGCUUUGACGCUAGCUAACAUUAUUUUAAACGAUGACAGAGUACAAAGUGCGAACAGCGUCUCCAAUCAUUUAAAGAAAAUAUCUGGGGGACCUGUUAGCUUUAGCCAGCUAGCCUGGUAAAUUCGGUCAAGGGAAAACACGGCGAAUCACACUGCUGACAUGAUGUUUCCUCAAUCAAGGCACUCGGCGUCCUCUCAGUCCAGUCAACCUCUUAAGUUCACCACCUCUGACUCCUGUGACCGCAUCAAGGAUGAGUUCCAGUUCCUCCAAGCACAGUACCACAGUUUAAAGCUGGAGUGUGAUAAACUGGCCUCUGAAAAGUCAGAGAUGCAGCGUCACUAUAUCAUGUACUAUGAAAUGUCGUACGGGCUGAACAUUGAAAUGCAUAAACAGGCUGAAAUCGUGAAGAGAUUGAACGGGAUCUGUGCUCAGGUGCUGCCUUUCCUGUCACAGGAGCAUCAGCAGCAAGUCAUGGGCGCCAUAGAAAGAGCCAAGCAGGUCACCCCACCUGAGAUGAACUCCAUCAUACGGCAACAGCUGCAGGUGCAACACCUGUCCCAGCUCCAGGGCCUGGCCCUGCCUGUGACCCCACUGCCCCUGGGCCUCACCCCUCCCACCCUGCCUGCUGUCUCCUCCAGCUCCGGCCUGCUCUCCCUCUCCUCCAUCCUGGCCAACUACUCACACGGCCAGGCCCAGGCAGUGAAAGAGGACAAGGCCAGAGAGGCCGCGGAGAGAGCGCCCAGAGGAGAGGACGGGGAUAAGUCAGACUAGUGUGAACACGGCGAGAAGGUUUGGAGGGUGGGGUGUUAUUGGAGGGGGGGUGGGGGGGUUGAAAGGUAAAUCUGUAACUGUAAAUGGAGAUUGAUGUAAGUCCGGCUGCCUGUCUGCUGAGUGGUGGUAUAAGAGUAAGUGCAGGGAUGAAGACAAGCGAAGAGUUGAAACUUAGGAUUCGUUUGGAUGUGCAGAGAAUGAAACUGCUGAAUGGCUGAGAGCGAGACUUAAAAUGUUCAUAUUAUUUAGAGGUAUUAGACUCAGUUCAGGCUUCUAGACUUUAAAACAGAUGCUUUUUUUAGUGUAAGCCACUGUUGUUAGGCUUAACCAAGAUAAAUGUUUUCCCAUUUGGAAUGAAAGUUGAGGAAGAAAGCUAACAGCAGUCUCCCUUACAUGGAUCUGCCUCUCACAGGUUUAUUUUUCUGACUUGUCUUUGUUAUCAGAUCUGUUUUCGGUGAGGUUUUUUUUUCUCCUCCACUUCCUUUUAAGUCCCGCUGACUUUUUUUUUUUUUUUUUCUUCCUCACUGGCCCCUGUCCGCCAGUCACAGUAACAUCGCUGUUCCCUCAAACUCAUUUCCCUCCAUUCGUAAUGUACAAAAAGUUCCGUCACAAAGUUUCCUGAAAAUUUUGACCGGAGCUAUUUGGACAGUGUCGCUGUGCAUUUAUGUACUUGGAGGCAAUUUAGAUCUUCAUCUACAAUGAUGUUUUUUUGAAAUGUGUUUUUUUUUUUUUUUUUUAAAGGGACAUUUUGCUCGUCAGGUGUGUUCAAGCCCAUUUAACUUAAACCACCUGGCUCUUAACCAUUUUUCCUUUUUCAAAUGACCAACCACUGGAUGCAUCCACUCAGCUGUGUACCUCAAUCCCAAAUAAACGGGAUUUUAUUCCAUUGAAAAACGUAUAGUUUGUACAAAUUGUAGUAUAUCCAGCUUGGGGGUUAAUUUGUGUUUUCAUAGGCCUAGCUGCUGCUACGCGCGCUACAUGGUGUUGACCAUGACUCGUCUUUAAAUUACAAGAAUUUAAGCUCUGAAAAAAAAAUUGACUUUAUUUUCACAUGUUGUUUUCGUGAAGUUACCGGCUAAUUAGACAUUCAAAAAUGUGUCUGUGUGUGCUCGAGUGAAUGUGAUUUUUGGACAGAAGAAAACACUUGUUUAAUUUAACUUUUUUUUUUUUUUUGAAGCAUCUUUUGUAUUUUCCUCACCCUUCCUUCCUCCUGCCCUUUCCCCCGAGCUUUUCCACUCUUUAGUCAACCAAGACAAACUUGAACAGGAUCUAAACUUCAGAGCCAGACAGUCAUACAAGACAGACAGAGUACUGUAAUUCUGCAAGUUAGCCGAGCACUUCAGUUUAUACUGAUACUGUAUCAAGCACCUGUCUUUUCCUGUCUUGUUUAACUUGUGACUGUCAGGAGGAAAACGUUCUCCUUUUUUUAAAUUUUUUUUUAUUAAUAACGCUUAUUUUGAUGAAGAAUGUGUCCUGGGUGAGUUGUUAAAGCUCUGUAAGCGAACAAGCAUCCCCUCAGAAAACCACACAUUAUGACCAGAUUCUCACAGAGAGAAUUUGUGCUCAUGACCAAAUUAUUAUGUUGUGUUUUAAAUAAAAAGUUGGUUUUGAAUUUAGAGCUUUCUUUUGGUGUGUCCCAAUUUCAUCCUACAUACUGAUUCUAUAUAGUAAAUGUUUCUCCUCAUACUGACAGCAUCCUUUUUUGUCUUUGAUAUUCAAGAAAUGAACAUACUGUUUUAUACUAACAGGAAGUGAUACUAGACGUGCUCUGACAGACAUCACAGCGACUUUUAAAUGUCAACUUCACACGCAGAAAGCAAAAUUAUUAAACUUUUUGUCUUCUGAUGUCUCGUCUGAGCCUUCUUACCAUUGUUCUCAAUUUGUUUGCAUUUUUUCCACCUGUGAGCUUACAUUGUGAAGCAGCUUAGAUUUGCACGAUCACGCUUGAUUCCAUCCUUUCAGGCUUCACGUUAUGUGCUACUGGCUGAACCAUGAGUGGUUCGGACCAAUCGGUGUCCUCUGAGGAGCUGCUGGCAGCUACGGGCGUGGUAUAGAUGUGAUGACACAACAGCAAGAAGUUAGCCCGUGAUAGACAAAACAGUUCAUCCGAUCACCUAUCAUAUAUUUUUUGAAAGCGCCGGCCCUUUUUUUCUUUUCAGACUUCUCAGAUGGUUCUGUGUAAGAAACCAUCCAGCAUGUCUGUGAGCAGCUCCUCUGUUUCCUUUGUGAAUUAAAUUGUGGGACUAACGUGUCCAUCAUUAACAGCACACUCACAUUUAUGGAUUCAAAACACUUGUCACAUUUCAGCAAAAUCAUAUUGUGGAUUGAUCAUAACGGGCUCAUCUUUAAAAACAUUUCUGUUGUCCAAAGUAAUGAUUCUGAGCAGCUGUAAGUAAAAGAUGUUUUUUUGAUUGGCACAUGAAGAUCAGGUGUAAUAAUAUCAUAUCCAUUAAUAUUGGGAGAAUGAUUUUGUAUUGUUUGAUUUUGUGCACUCAAAACAGUCGUUUGCAUGCACCAGCACUGUACACAACUAAACAACUUGAUUUUUAGUUUGCUAUUGAUUCCUUAUUCCCACAAUGCAAUGCACAAAGGAAAUGGAGAAAACAUUAAAACCAGUCGUAGAUGGUGCAUCACCUGCAGGAACCCUUUUCUGUCUUUUCUCUAAGUUUCAGCGUCAUUUUAAUUUGCAGUGUAGUUGACACUGACUCUAGAGCAGGUGCAUCGUUUCUGGUUAUUACAGAACUAUUAAAUAUGUUUAUUUCUUGAAUACGAACUGCAAAAACAGUGUACUAAUAUAAGAAGUGCAUAUAAUGUAUGCAGUUAGUAUGACAUUUGGACACAGCUGCAAUAAGUGUGUUCACAUUUAAGACAGCAGAGGGCAGCAGUGCUCUCAUUCAUCAUUAGUAUGCCGUUACACUCUGAUGUCCACUAAGUGUCUACACAGGUCCAGGUCAGUUCUCUUACUGUCUUCAGUUCCUGACUGCGGCCAAUGAUCGGUACCCUGCUGUUUAUUCCCCUGUAAUGUGAGUGCUUUCAAGAGCUUUGACAACCCACCUUUUAAUGUCUGAGCAUGUCCACAAUCAGAGCUUACACCUUUCCUCUGUAUUAUUUUUAAAAGCACUUAAAUUGUGGCUCAGUGCUAGUUUUUUUUUUCUUUUUCUUAAUGUUUUUCUUCUUCCUGUCUGUGCUAGUGUUGUGUGUGUGUGUGUGUGGGGGGGGGGGGGGGGGGGCUCGGCUGAAGAGUUUCCCUCCCUGGAGAUUUGACUUUGAUGUAGCGAGUGCGAGGACAGAUUUGUUAGUCCUCUGCACUCUUUAUGCUGACGUCGGUCUCCGUAGAAAACCUCCUUGGCAAAACUCAGACAUAUGAAUGGUAUGUGUGUUUGUUUUUGCUGUGAAGGGCCAAUUUGUAUACAUAUGAAUAUAUCAAUAUACAUAUUUUUUAAAGCAUUUUUGUAUGUUUCAAAGCUGCUUUUUAACGUGUGUGUAUCAUGGAAGACUUUGGUGUUGUAUGUGUGCAUUACAAGCCUACAGUAAGAGAGGCACAAUGUUGUAUACCAUGUCGUUUUUCCUGUUUUUUCUCUCCCAUUCUCUCAGUAGGCAGUAACACUUAACAUUGUUUUCUAGGUUUGUAAAUGUUUUAUCCUUCUUUUUUUUUUCUCGUGCAAAUGAAACCAGUUUAAUGUGUUAAUGAACACAGUCUCAUUUUAAGAUACCUGGGGCAAAAAAACAAACAAAAAAAGAUGUAAACAAGCAACUGUGUACUCUAAUGAGAAUGAAUCAACCUUUUAGCAGUAAGGAAGCUUCUCUGGUGCCUUACAAAUAAAAGAUGUGAUUGAAGA